AUGUUACCCUGGCGAUUCCUGGGUCUGGUGGGCAUCUUCACACUUUGCAGAGGCCAGGAGAGCGAUUGUGACAACUUCUCUGACCUGGAUUUCCAUGAGACGUUCAUUGGGACCAAGCUCUACGUGCGAUUGCUCCUGUACACACGAGCCAACCUGGAAUGUGGACAGGAGCUGCCCCAUCACAACUUCACCAAAGAGCCCUUGUUCAACAUUACCAGACCCACCACCUUUGUCAUACAUGGCUACAGACCAACAGGGGCACCUCCAAUUUGGAUUAAUCAUAUAGUGCAUCUACUGGCAGCACAAGAUGACAUGAAUAUUCUUGUGGUAGACUGGAACAGGGGGGCAGCUAAUCUCAACUACUUUACAGCUGUUGCCAACACACGCCACACUGCAGCCAACAUCACGGGCUUCAUUGAGAGCAUGGAGGACAAGGGGGUAUCUCUCGACUCCAUUCAUCUGAUUGGGGUCAGUCUGGGGGCACAUGUGGCUGGGUUUAUUGGAGCUAUGCUGGGAGGCAGAAUAGGGAGAAUUACAGGACUGGAUCCAGCAGGACCCAUGUUUGCUGGUGUUCCUCCAGAAGAGCGUCUGGAUCCAACUGAUGCCCAGUUUGUGGAUGUUUUGCACACAGAUAUGAACUCUUUUGGCCUCAGAGGGACUCAUGGUCACAUUGAUUUCUAUGCAAACGGAGGAGCAGACCAGCCUGGCUGUCCCAAGACCAUCUUCUCAGGGAAGUCGUAUUUUGUUUGUGAUCACCAGCGCUCAGUUUUCCUGUACCUGUGUGCUCUCAAUCACACAUGUAACCUCACAGCUUACCCCUGCUCCUCCUACAGUGACUUUUUGAGUGGUCAGUGCAUGCAAUGUGAGACCUUCAAACCUGCUUCCUGUCCUGUUCUCGGUUAUGACAUGAGUAAGUGGAGGGAUACACUUCUACGACUGGGUCAAACGAGGGUCUAUUUCUCCACUACUGCAGAACUCCCAUACAGCAAGACAAGUUACAGAGUGGAUAUGGUAACUUGGAACCAGUACUUGCGCUGGGGAGUGGUUAUCCUCCGACUGCACAGUGGAAGAAAUGUGAUUGAGACCAGAAUAGACAAUAAGCUGCUCCGAUUUGAGCAGUACACAGCUACUCGACUCCUAGCCCAAUUCGAUGAAGAUCUGUACCCAGUUCAGAAGAUCUCCUUACGGAUUGUCACCGGGAAUGUGAUUGGGCCACGUUACAAACUGCGUCUGCUCCGCAUAAGGAUAAGCCCUCUAGAGCAACAAGACAGGCCGCUGAUGUGCCGAUAUGACAUCAUAUUGGAGGAAAAUGCAGAGGUGACCUUCAAACCAUUACCGUGCCAUGAAUCUCGACACUAA